AUCGCCUCAUCAUGUAUAAAUACCUUGCUGGGUGUGUAUUUGUCACUGUCAAGUCAAUCCGAGAUGAAGCUCUUGGUCAUCUGUGCCCUGGUGGCGGGCGCCGCCGCAUGGCCCAACUUUGGAAUGAUGGCGGACUCCCCUGGAGGAGCAUCUGACGCCCAGAAGCAACAUGAUGUCAACAGCGUCCUGUGGAAGGUCUACGAGGAAAUUCGCGAUCCUCAUCUGAAAGAGCUUUCCCAGACCUUCGAUCCUCUUUCCGGCCACUAUGACGAUGAUGGUGUAUCCGCCAAGCGGCUCAUGGAGGAACUCAACGACCACCGCCUGCUGGAGCAGAAGCAUUGGUUCUCCCUCUUCAACACCCGCCAGCGACAGGAGGCUCUCAUGCUCUACGACGUGCUCGAACACUCCACAGACUGGGAAACCUUCGCUGGCAAUGCUGCUUUCUUCCGUGUUCGCAUGAACGAGGGCGAGUUUGUCUACGCCAUUUACGCUGCCGUCAUACACUCUCCUCUGACACAACACGUGGUGCUGCCGCCUCUCUAUGAGGUUACUCCUCACCUCUUCACCAACAGCGAGGUCAUUCAAGAAGCAUACAAGGCCAAGAUGACACAGACUGCCGCAAAGAUCCAGUCCCACUUCACCGGAAGUAAGAGCAACCCAGAGCAGCGCGUGGCCUACUUCGGCGAGGACAUCGGCAUGAACACCCACCACGUCACCUGGCAUUUGGAAUUCCCCUUCUGGUGGGACGAUGCCCAUGAGAACCACCACAUUGAUCGCAAGGGUGAGAGCUUCUUCUGGGUCCAUCAUCAGCUCACUGUUCGCUUCGACGCUGAGCGUCUCUCCAACUACUUGGACCCUGUCGGGGAACUUCACUGGGAUGACAUGAUCCACGAGGGCUUCGCUCCACACACCAUGUACAAGUAUGGCGGCUACUUCCCCUCACGACCAGACAAUGUCAACUUCGAGGACGUGGACGGUGUGGCCCGUGUGCGCGACAUGUUGAUCCUGGAGAGCCGUAUCAGGGAUGCCAUCGCUCAUGGCUAUAUCACCGGCAGGGACGGGUCUGUCAUCAGCAUCAGAGACGCUCAUGGCAUCGACAUCCUUGGUGAUGUGAUUGAGUCCUCCACUUACAGUCCCAACACUGAGUACUAUGGCUCUCUGCACAACACUGCUCAUGUCAUGCUUGGCCGUCAGGGCGAUCCUCACGGCAAGUUUGCCCUCCCUCCCGGUGUCCUGGAGCACUUCGAGACCGCCACGCGCGAUCCUACUUUCUUCCGCCUCCACAAGUACAUGGAUAACAUCUUCAGGGAGCACAAGGACAGUCUUACCCCCUACACCAAGGAGGAACUCGAGUUCCCUGGAGUCACCAUUCAGAGCUUAUCCUUGAGCAACCGCCUGGAGACUUACUUCGAGGACUACGAGUACAGUCUUAUCAACGCUGUCGACGACACCGCUGACAUCGAUGACGUGCCUAUUAGUACUGUUGUUUCUCGUCUGGGACACAAGGAUUUCACUGCUAAAGGUGUCAUAAGCAACAGUAACCCCAGCGAAGUAAUGGCUACUGUGCGCAUAUUCGCCUGGCCAAAAUAUGACAACAACCAUGUUGAGUUUUCUUUCAACGACGGACGCUGGAACGCCAUUGAACUGGAUAAGUUCUGGGUUAAGUUGGCUCCUGGAGAUAAUAUUAUCACACGCUCCAGCAAGGACUCUUCAGUCACAGUUCCUGACGUGCCCAGCUUCCAGACUCUAAUUGACAAGGCUAAUGAAGCACUGAGCUCCGGCUCAGAUCUGAACCUCGACGAGUAUGUCAGCGGCCUUGGACUGCCUAACAGGUUCCUCCUUUCCAAGGGCAAGAGUGAGGGUAUGACUUUCCACCUGGUGGUGUUCGUCUCCGAUGGCUCCAAGGACAUGGCUAUCGACGGACUGCAUGAGUCAACCUCCUUCAACCACUAUGGUUGCCACGAUGGCAGAUAUCCUGACAAUCGCUCUCAUGGGUAUCCGCUGGACCGUCGGGUCGACGAUGAACGCAUUAUCACUGGCCUUGGUAACUUCAAGGCCAUGGACGUUGAUGUAUACCAUGUAGGAAAGAACGAAUAAAAGGCAUCGUGCUCAGCAAACACACACACACACACACACGCACACGCACACACACAUAAGAUAAAUCGCACUUGGUCGUGAAUGGAUCUGUGCAAGGAAAUAAUAAAAAAAAUAUAUCUAUA